CUGUAACACAAGUCCUAAGGUCCUCGGUAGUGACUUUAAACAAAGAUGUAGAAUCAAGUCCAGGAGAUCAACACAGACAAGAGCAACGUACACAGAUCCGUGGUGCCCUUGUGGCGGUGCUUGUCAACUCCUCCUCGGGACCCCCAGAAAGUAUCGACAUUAACGCUAUCACCAGUGUCCUCAACACAGCCACUGAGGUUCAGGAGGAACUGUCAGAGGAAACUCAGGACAAAGCCAUAGAAUUGUAUGAUGGAAUGACCACAGCUUUUUCUACACAAUCCGUCAACAUCUCACAGACUGCUGCUGAAACCACUGCAGGGUUACUGUUGGAAGGAAUUACCUUGUUACUGGACACCAAGACUAAGUCAGGGUACGAGGCAUUACACUCAGGACCAGCAAAUGACACACUAGAAAGACAGGUAAAGAGUUCAGCAGAGAAGCUACUUGGGACUGUAGAUACAAUCACUGACGUAAUGAUGGAGUUUAUCAAGCCUGAUGCUAAUCCCUCGGUGUUUACCACCAGUAAAAUGAACCUAGCUCUAUCCAAGGCUUCACCCUCACAGUUAGCAAGGAAGGAAUUAAACCUAAGUAGGGGGAAUAACUCUGGUGAUUUCACAAUUCCAGCAGAUAGCAAGUUGUCAGCCUUGUUGAGCAAUACAUCGUAUGCAAGCAUUCAGGUAAUGCUAACUGAGAAGAAUCCUUUCAUCUGGGACCUUUCCUCUGAUAAUCUGACCACACCAAUGGUUUCCAUGACUCUGAGAAAUGACCAACAACAAAUUGUAAAUGUUACAGAUCUAAUGGAUCCAGUACAAAUAUUCAUCUCCAACACCAAUCCAACGGCAGAGAAAUCUGAAGAGAAUUUUACCAUCAAUGCCGCAAGUUUUGAUAGUUUUAACAGCACACCUGAUGAUCUUUGCCGGGUUUUGAAUUUAAAUGUCACUAAAAAAAGAUCCAACAUUUUGACCAUACGACCUUUGACAUUUAACCUUUCAAUCAGUGCAAUGGAAAUACAAAAUGGUACUAAUGUGAGUCAUUAUGACAUCACAUCAGCUGGGAUUUCCCUCAAUAAAUCUAACAACUUUACUCACAUCUUUACUUCCUUACCAUCUGGAGUCAUAGCAAUAGGUUUCUGUGUUGAUCAAACAAUGGAUAACUAUAGGGAAUUAAACAAAGGAUGUUUGUCCUUGACAUCAUGUGUAUUGACCUUGACGCUGGAGAUCCAGGGUUACUCUGCUGUGUGUAUGUACUGGAAUGUGUCCGGGGAUGCCUGGGCUUCAGGUGGAUGUCAGGUAGGAAGACAGACAACUCCUGAGACUAUACAUUGUGAGUGUAGUCACCUCACGGCUUUCUCCGGUAGUUUUUUUGUGGCCCCUAACUUUGUGGACCCUUUCGGAGAUGCGGCUCUAUUUCUGACGUUUUUCUCUAACCCAGUGGUGGUGUCCACAGUCCUCAUUAUCUGGUUGAUUUACUUCACACUUCUGACCUGGGCCACAAAACAGGAUAGAAGGGACAUGUACAGGGGAGGAGUAAUUGUUGCCCAUGAGAAUGACCCAGACAACAGAUAUGCCUACCUGGUGUGUGUAAUCACUGGAUGGUGGAAGGACGCUGGGACCUCGGCUAACGUCAGUCUAUCGUUCUCUGGGACGCGGGGUCACAGCGCCAGGCACUGCCUGAGUGAGUCGGUACCCGGGAGACAGUGCUUCAUGUCGGGGUCUGAGGACUGGUUUCUGAUUACCACUAGUCACAGCUUAGGGGACAUCAAGAGUCUGUCUGUCUGGCAUGACAACUCAGGAAAAUCUCCGGCAUGGUACUUAUCAAGAAUACUUAUUGAGGACCUACAGAGCCAGAAGACAUGGACGUUCCUUUACAGUGAUUGGAUUUCUGUGGACAGGGGGUCUGUCUCCCUGAAGAUCACGCUGCAGUCCUGCUCUGAUGAGGAGCUGAUGUCCCACAAGAACCAGCAGUUCUUCUUCAAGUCCAGUCGAGACCUGCGGGACUCCCACCUCUGGCUGAGUAUUGCAUCCAAGCCCUCCUACAGCACGUUCACCCGUGUCCAGCGACUGUCCUGUGCCCUCUGUCUACUUCUGAUGACCAUGCUGACCAGUCUCAUGUUUCACGGAAUUCCGACCGAUGACCCUGCAGACCAGGCCAAGGUGGGAUACCUAACCGUAUCUCUAUCUGACCUGGUUAUAGGGGUCCAGAGUGGGCUGAUCAUGUUUCCUGUAAAUAUUCUCAUCAUCCAGCUGUUUCUGAAAUCUAAGAGGAAACUGAGGGGAGGGGCUCAAGUCAAGAAGAAAGCAAGGAGAGAGAAGUACUCGGUAGUCAGUGUCGGGACUGGUGAGGGAGAUCAGACUACAGAGAAAGAGAUGGAGCCCGCAAAGGAGAAUGGAAUUUUGCCAUGGUGGACAGUGUACAUUGCCUGGACCCUGGUCAUCACUCUGUCAGUUGUCUCCUCUUACUUUGUAAUGCUGUACGGCCUUAAGUUUGGCUAUCAGAAGAGUGUGGAGUGGCUUGUGUCAUUCUUCACUGCUUUCUUCCAAAGUGCCUUUGUCACCCAGCCCCUGAAAGUUAUAGCUAUAUCCCUUAUAUUCACAAUGAUUCUGAAGAAACCUGUGGAGAUCCAAGGAGGAAAGGCCAGUACAGAAGAAAAGAAGGAGCAGUACGGGGACACAGACUGGAGGCAGGGGUACUACGUCCCUGACCCGCUGUCCCAGCGACUGAUGAACCGAAUCCGCAGACAGCUGAAGCUAGAGGAGGCCACUCAGGCCACACUCAGGGACAUCAUGCUGUACUUAACAUUUAUUAUAUGUAUCAUCUUUAUGGCUCAUGGACAUCGAUCUGUCCGCGAUUCAUACAGGGUGCAUAAAUUUCUAGAGAAUACAUUUGUACAACCCAGACAUCCUCCUAUCUACAUCGAUGGCUCAGGAUAUUCCACAGACAUCUUGGAACUUGACAACGUGGCUAAUGUAGAAUUAUUUUGGUCCUACAUUGAAGAGCGUAUAGUGCCAGUCCUUGGUGAGAUGUCCCUGGGGAAUUCUACAGUAGCCACUUCCAUCAGUGAAUACUACCUGUUGGGAUCGUAUAGACUGAGACAAGUCCGGAUCAAACAAGACACGUGUGAUUUCCCAGAUGUUCUGAGGAAGAGUUUCUCUAUUUCGUUGGACUGUACAGGGGAGUACUGGGUGGGGGAUGAAGACACAGGGGACUAUAACCUGACCUGGAGGAAACCCCUCCCCAACAAAGUCAAGUCCAUCCCUGACACCUGGAGCCACCAGUCCUCCUGGAAACUGAAGACUAUACCGUACGAGGGGAGGUUAGCGACUUACAGUGGUGGGGGGUAUACUGUGAUCUUAGCUGGGAACGUAACCCAAUCUCUGUCUGUGAUACACAACCUACAAAACUCAGACUGGAUAGAUCUUAGAACCAGAGCUGUCUUCAUCGAGUUCACAACCUACAAUGCUAAUGUCAACUUAUUCAGUGUUAUCCUGAUUCUCUUUGAAUUCUCCAAUAUUGGAGCCAUAUUUCCAAGCUACCAGAUCUUUACUACAAAACUUUACGGUUAUGAUAAUGGUCUGGAAAUAUUUACUGCGGUCUGUGAGGUAUUUUUUGUCAUUUUUACUCUGACGUUUUCAUAUAUAGAAAUCAGGAAGCUGUACUAUGGAGGUAGGACACAGUACUUCAGUGAUCCGUGGAGCUUUGUGGAAAUCAUUCAGAUUAUUUUGUCCUUCAGUGUGAUUGGCCUGUUUUUCCAGCGAUUCGUCUCGGUAUCUAGUACACUGUCAGACUACCUCACAAGUACAGAGUUCGUCAGCUUCUACACUGCCAUUUCUUGGGACAUGAUACUAAACUAUGUCAUGGCUUUCCUUGUGGCGUUGGUGAUUCUGAAAUUUUUCAAAUUUUUGAAAUUUAAUGCAAGAAUGUAUUUACUUUCACAGACCCUUUCUAUAGCCAAAGCAAACUUGAUUGGCUUUAGCAUAAUAAUCUUCCUUGUGGUGGUAGGAUUUGGACACUUUGCGGUGUUGGCAUUUGGACCUUCUAUUGAGGGAUUUAUGGACAUGGGGAAGACUCUCAUCACCCUGUUUAGACUAGCCCUAGGAGAAUCAGAUUUUCCUUCACUUCAGCAAGCCAACAGAUACCUGGGCCCCGUCUUUUUCUUCCUGUACAUAUUUCUGGUACAGUGGACAGUUUUAGUGGUGUUCAUAGCUAUUCUGAACUUUGCCAUUGAGGAGGCAAAGAGAAAUAUUGCUGAAAUGAGGAACAAGUUAGAAGUUGUGGACUACAUUUAUAACAAGAUUUAUCAGUUAUUGCCAAGAUGUUCUUGAAAGAGUGAUUUGUUUUUAUCUUGUUUUCUGUUCUGGAAUUUGUUAAAGCAACAGAGCUAGGUGCUAAAAUGUUUCUGUUUGUUGAAUUAAAGCUUUGAAAAAAAAA